CUCCCGACGCCGGCCGGUUGCUUGGUCGCGGCUUCGGCUUCGCGCCCUCCUACCUCCUCGCGCCGGCACCGGCAUCUCGCCGACAAGCCAACAAGGCCCUCGUGCUGGACACUCCACUCCGGACAAUCGGCAGUGCGCGGUGACGGUGACAGCGGCGUGUGAUUAGCGUGACGGUGCAUCUCGCGCUCCCGGACAGCCACGCGUGGGCGUGCGUGUGUGCGUGCGUGUGUGAGCGAAGGAGUGGAACAGUGAGUGCACACGGGGUCGCCCCUCCACGCCUGGACCCUGGACGACACCGCCCUGCCUGCCUUGCCUUGCCUGUGUGGUGCGCGCGUCAGCGCGUCAGCAACGAGGAUGGCGUCCACGCCGCCGCCACGAGGCUGAUGUGACCCGGAGAGGCGCAUUCGCAUCCAGGUGAUCCAGGUCCCGCAGCCAAGCGCGCCAUGCAGCUCUUGAGGUUGGGCGCGGCGCUGCUGCUCGCCGCGGUGGCGGUCCACUCGAGACACAGCGGUGGCGGAGUCCGAGGCGAGGAGGAAUUUUUGGGCGUGGAGCUGGGCGGCUCGGGGCGCUUGCCGCGGGACCUAGAUCGGAAAGCGAAUGGGAAUGGCUCGGACGUGGGUGGCGACGGUGGCGGCGGGAGCGGCGACGGCCCCACGGACAAGUACUCCGACUGGGGCAACGACAUCCUGUCCGCCAUCGAGAUCCCCUUCGUGGACACCAAGACGCAGUACUUCGACUACGCGCCCGACGGCUUCCCGGCCUUCGGGCUGCUGCCGGGCUCGGACGUCAAGAAGCCCUUCCGGGUGCACAUGCCGGAGCGGCUCUACCCGGAGUUCUCCAUCACGGCCAAGAUCCGGCACACGAGCCGCGAGGGUGGCUUCCUCUUCGCCGUGGUCAACCCCCUGGACACCGUGGUGCAGCUCGGCGUGCAGCUGGCGCCCGCCAGCGCGGAGGCGCCCAACCACACCAACGUGACGCUGCUGUACACGGACGUGUCCAUUCACCACUCGUCGCAGACCAUCGCCUCCUUCGUGGUGCCCUCCUUCGUGGGGCGCUGGGGCCGCCUCGCGCUCGCCGUCACCGAGUCCUCCGUCACGCUGUACUACAACUGCGAGGCCGUGGACACCGUCAACGUGGAGCGCGUCCCCAGGGAGCUGGUGUUCGACUCGGCCUCCACACUGUACGUCGGCCAGGCCGGCCCCAUCAUCAAGGGCUUCUACAACGGCUCGCUCCAGGAGCUCAAGCUGUACGGACUGCCCGGCGUGGCGGAGGUCUCCUGCGACAACCACCACCAGUUUAGCGGGUCGGGCGAGCCGGACGAGACGACGCCCCUGAACGACUUCGAGGCCAGCGGGGGCGGCGACGACGCGCUGCUCACGGGGAAUGCCAUCCUGCUGACCGACAACCUCGUGGACCAGGAGACGGGCGAGGGGAAGGAGCACGGCGGCAUGCCUCCGUUCCCGCCGCCACCGCCAGGCCCCGACGACUUCGGCGGGAUUCGCGGCCUGAAAGGGGACAAGGGUGACCGUGGUCUCCGGGGUCCUCCAGGAGAGUCGAUCCGAGGCCCCCCAGGACCGCCGGGCCCCCCCGGGCCCCCUGGGGCGUUCUACGGCAGUGGGGACGCCUUCCCAACGGACGAAGGGCGUGGCUACAGACCAAAUCAGAUGUUUGGAGCGGGAGUAGGCCCUCAGGGACCGCAGGGCCCUCCCGGCACCUGUUCCUGCAACCUCACCAACGUCCUGGGAUCCAUGAACCUGGACCUCAUUCCAGGACCUCCCGGACAAGCUGGCAUCGACGGCGCACCUGGAAUCCCUGGAGUCUCGGGCCUGCCUGGACCUCCCGGAGAAAGAGGAGCCCCUGGACCGCGAGGGGACAAGGGCGAACGCGGUGACAUCGGAGCGACGGGGCCGGAGGGCAUCCAGGGCCAGAAAGGCGAUCCCGGACGCGACGGCACACCCGGCAUUCCGGGGGCUCCGGGGCCGCCCGGGCCUCCGGGGACCAGCGAGCCCGCCGCGUAUGAUCCCAACUGGAACUCCCGCUCCGUGCUCAAGGACUCGGUGCUGGGCGGCGGCUACGGCGCCAACAUGGGCCGGCCGGGCAGCCCGGGCCCCAAGGGCGAGACGGGCGCGGCGGGCCACCCCGGCGCGAAGGGCGAGCGAGGCGUGCAGGGCUCCAAGGGCGAGCGCGGCGAGGCGGGCGCCAGGGGCGCCAAGGGCGACCGCGGCCACCAGGGCCCGCACGGGCCGCAGGGCUUCAAGGGCGAGCCAGGGUCCCCGGGCGUCGACGGCCAGCCCGGAGUCCCGGGUGACAACGGCCGGCCCGGCUCCAAGGGCGACAAGGGGGACCCGGGCACGGUCGGAGCGCCCGGCCCGCCAGGCCCGCCCGGCGUCGCCGUGUUCAACCCGGAGGAGGCCAAGUUCCUUGGCGGCGGCCCCAUGGUGCUGGGGGAGACUUCGUCGCUGCCCGGGCCGCAGGGCGAGAAGGGCGACCAGGGCAUCAAGGGCGAGAAGGGCGACUCGGGCGAGCGCGGGCCGGCGGGCAUCCCGGGCCUGAACGGCGUGCAGGGCCCGGCCGGCGAGAAGGGCGAGUCAGGCACUCCUGGGCCGGUGGGGCCGCCGGGGCUGCGGGGCGACCGGGGCGAGAGGGGCGAGCGCGGCCUGCCCGGGCCCGUCGUCACCGUGGACGGCGAGGUGAACGUGGUCAAGGGCGACAAGGGCGACUCCGGCAAGAGGGGGCGCCGCGGCAAGCCAGGCCUGCCCGGCCCUCCUGGAAAAGAUGGCACCUCGGGAGAGAUGGGCCUUCCCGGCUGGCAGGGACUGCCGGGCCGCCCGGGACGUGCGGGAAUGCCGGGUCUCGGAUUCGAAGGCCCAAAAGGGCAGAAGGGAGAACCUGGGUUAAUACCCCACCCCCACCGGCCUCGGGUUCGUGGAGAACCAGGAUUGCCUGGACCAAUGGGGCCUCCUGGACCCCCAGGUGCAAGCGGUCCUCCAGGACCUCCAGGGCCUCCUUCUGAAGUCAAGUACAUGCCUGUGCCAGGGCCGCCUGGCCCACCUGGUCCUCCCGGACCUCCUGCAUCAUCUGAAGGUCGUGGCUCCGUUUUCGGAGGAGAGCAAACACAUUCAAGGCCGGGUUCUAGGGGAGGCAUUGAAGAGCUCAACAAAGCUAUGAAGGACAUUAGAAACAGAGAUUCAGGCUACAGUUCACCAACUUCUACCGUAUAUGAAAAGUCAACCAGAAUUGUUCCUGGUGCUGUGACUUACCAAAAUAAGGAGGCCAUGACGAGUAGGUCUGCAGAAACAGCAGUAGGCACUUUAGCAUACAUCAUUGAUGAGGAAGCUUUACUAGUACGGGUCAACAAAGGGUGGCAGUAUGUUGCACUUGGAUCUGUGUUGGAUGUCACCACACCCCCACCACCAACAACCUACCAUCCACAUGUGAGACCUCCUCCAUUGGAAUCUUCAAAUCUUGUCAAUACUUACUACAUGGCAGCAGACCAGCCUGCUUUACGGAUGGCUGCACUGAAUGAACCUUAUUCUGGAGACAUGCAUGGAGUUCGAGGUGCAGACCAUGCGUGUUACCGACAAGCCCAGAGAGCCAACAUGCGUGGUACAUUCAGAGCUUUUAUUUCGUCUCGAGUUCAAGAUCUUGAUUCGAUUGUUCGCCCUGCUGAUAGGAAUCUUCCAGUGAUAAAUACAAGGGGUGACGUUCUUUUUAAAUCAUGGAAAGAAUUAUUUGCUGGGAAGGGAGGAUUCCUUCCGCAGCAGCACAAAAUUUAUAGUUUCAAUGGAAGAGACAUUUUGAAUGAUUUUGCCUGGCCUGAGAAAGUUGUAUGGCAUGGGGCUCACAUGUUGGGUGAGCGUGCAAUGGAUGCAUAUUGUGAUUCUUGGCAUUCAGACAGUUCUGACAAAGUUGGACUUGCAUCAUCACUAUUAAGAGGGAAGCUUCUAGCUCAAGAACGGUUUACUUGCAAUCAUCGGUUUGCUGUUCUGUGCAUAGAAGCUGUAAAUCCAAAUCUAUACAGAAGACGGCGAAGAAGUAUUGAACUGACAGAAGAAAGUGAGGAAGAUGAUGAUUUUCUUGAUGAAGAUGAGUAUCAAGACUUUUUAAAAACACUAAUGGAUGAUGAAGAACAGUAGGAACUAGCGAGAUAUUGAGAGAUACUAGUCCUUAUGGCAAUUGAUUUUUGAAGGGCAUAGUGAUGAAGUCCUUGACAAAAUUGGAUACUGCCAGCUUGUAAAAUUCAGUUGCCUCAGUUAAAUGGACAACCAAUUUUUAAGGAAGAGGCUUUGAGUUGUGGAGUCAUUUGUGUUAAAAAAUAGAGACAUGUUUUAGUCUUUUUAUAAAAAAAAUAAGUGUCUCUCGUCCGUCCUCAUCCUUCUUUCUUGAUACUAUUUCAUCUUCAUAUCAUAAAGUUGAAAGAAAGUAAAUUUGAGAAAUGGAUUUUGGAAGCUAAAGUGAAAUAGAAAAAAAAUUUGAAGGUCUGUUUUAACAUGCUUCCUUCUUACUGUGUGUGCAUGUGUAUGUGUGCGUAUGUGAAAAGUAUCUUUACUGAUUGGAACACUUUGACAAGAAAUAAGAGCUGCAAUACACACAAAGUGAAUCUUCCAAUAAUUACUCUCACAUUCCUUCCUUGCAUUUCUGUGGGUGAGCUCAAAACCUGCCUUCAAGACUUAUUUCUCCAUAUUUUUAACUGCCAGUGGCAAGGUCAUAAUACCAGAAAAUAAAUGGAUGAAAAACCUGUUUUUUUUUUCAUUCCUGUGGAUUAUUAUGUAUUACUGUUAAACGUGGCUUUCAAAGUUAGAGAAUUACACUAAUAUCCUGAACUAGACAGAAUGAUAAUAUCUAAUUUCUUUCUCUAUCACAUUUUCUUGUUUUGAUUUGAUGUAGAUGUUUUAAUAAUGUGUUGUAAUAAGAUGUCCUGUUCUAAGUAACUCUGUUACAAUGGUCUAGUCAUACCUAACUUAUUGUACCUAUAGUAAUUUUUGAAGUCGGCAGGAGUUGAUGUAUUAAAGUUGUUGUAUAGUCCAUAUUGUUGAUGUAAGAAUUUUCUUAUAAAAUUAAUAUUUAAAGUAAGUGGUAAGAGUAAUUUGUUAAAUUAGCUGUUGAAGGGUUACCAUACACCAGUGGAAACAAAUCAAGGAUAACUUUUAUAGCAACAUUACAUGAGCUAUAUGCCAAUAUCAUCUUUCCUCAAGACUGAAAAGCCCCAGGACUAUCAGUACUACAUCAGGUGUUUAAAUCCUGUACAAUUAUAGUAUAGAGCCAAUGAUUUGUUAUCUCAUUUGGCUGUUCCACUAAAGAAAACCAAGAACAUACAAGAGCUUGUUUCAAUCAAAGUAGGUUGGCAAAUUGCAAAAUCUGGCCAGUAAAGUGAUUUACAAAUGAAGGUAGACUUAACAAUUUAAAUUUGUGACAUUGCUUGAGGGUAGGUCCCACUUUGCACUUCUAGAGUGUGUCAAGAGAAAAACUUCACUUACUCUGUAAGUUCUAUCAAGUAGAUAUAGGGAAACUGAUGCAUUUCAUUAAAUUAAAUUACUUUCCUUCAAAAAUCUAAAUUGUUAGUGGUUAACGGUGCCAUAUGACACUGCCCGAGAAAAGAGAACUAGUACGUUUAAGGCCAACAGAUGAUUCCUCUGUUGAUAGAAUACACAACACACCAAACCAGGUUGCAGUGAAUUAGCCUGGAAGGCAGAAACAUUACAUUAAAGUUAAGAUUCACUGUCACGAGGUUUCUUUAAGUGAGGCUUUCAUUCUUUCUGCGUAUGAAUAACUUUCAAGCAUCUUGAAAUCGAUGUACCAAAGAAAACAUGUUUCGUCCUUUUAACUCUGAGCUAAAUUUGAAAUUCUGAGUGUCUGUCUUACAAGUCUUAGACGAGUAGGAUCAAUUGUAUUCAAAUUCCAAUAAAUAAUCACAAAGUUU